AUGCUCGCUGAAGCUAAAUCUAAUUUACAUUUAUCUAAUGGCACUUUGAAGAAAUUAUGUCUUCACGUCUUCAGUAAUAUGACGACUAAAUUCUAUAUAAGCGUGAAGGGUAAUCACGGAGUGACAAUGGCAGGAAGAGCUGUAGAACCACAUAUACUGAUUGGAACAGACUAUUGUUGGGAGUUAACUGAUUUAGGUCUGAAACGGAUGAAUGACGGGUUGUUUGUAUUCCCUAUGAAAAUAGGUAAAACGUUAACUGCAAGACAAGUUCUCAACCAGAAAGAGGGUGCGACAACAAAUAAUGCCGUAGCGUGUUAUUCCAUAUCAUCAGCGUCAGAAAGAUUUUGGGGUUUAGAGACGCUUGGUAUAAAAGAACCAUCUAAGUCGGGUGACGACGAUCAAGCAAUGAAGCAGUUUUAUCAAACGCUUAAUUUUCAAAAUCAUCGCUAUGUAGUGAGUUGGCCCUAUAAAGGCUUUAAACAUCAAGUUCCGAGUAAUUAUCAGUUAUGUUAUUUCCGUCUGAUAAGUGUUGUUAAUCGACUUAUGCGAGAGCAUCUAUUAGAAAAGUAUGACGAUAUAAUAUAG